AUGGCUGCAGAUCAAGGUACAUUCACGACCUCGGUCACUCUCUCGCCAGUGGAGGGUUCACGCACCGGUGGAAUAUUACCCCGCCGUGCAUUCCGACGCUCUUGUGAUCGGUGUCAUGCACAAAAGAUCAAAUGUACAGGAAAUAAGGAGGUUACUGCCCGUGCUCCCUGUCAACGUUGCCAGCAGGCUGGACUUCGGUGCGUCUACAGUGAGCGAUGUCCCAAGCGCAAGCUACGCCCAUCCAGGGCAGCGGAUCUCGUCUCUGCUGACCCAGAUCCCUGCUUGCACAUGUCCUCGCCCCCAGUGCCCUCACAGAGCUUGCCGCUAGACGUAUCCGAGUCGCAUUCCUCAAAUACCUCCCGGCAAUUCCUUGAUCCACCGGACAGCUACGACUGGUCGUGGACCUCGAUUGGCACGGACGAGGCUAUUGACACUGACUGCUGGGGGCUAUCCCAAUGUGAUGGAGGCUUCAGCUGUCAGUUAGAGCCAACGCUGCCGGAUCUACCUUCGCCCUUCGAGUCUACGGUUGAAAAAGCUCCGUUGCCACCGGUAUCGAGCGACAUUGCUCGUGCUGCCAGUGCGCAACGAGAGCUUUUCGAUGACCUGUCAGCGGUGUCGCAGGAACUGGAAGCAAUCCUUCUGGCCGUGACGGUAGAAUGGCCGAAGCAGGAAAUCUGGACCCGUGCGUCGCCGCAUUCCCCAACUGCUUUCCCUGAGAGGAUAACACAGCGCCGACACAACAUGUGGGCAAACUGGCUAACAGACUUGCAUGUAUUCUCACUAGAUCCCAUUGGAAUGUUUUUCAACGCGUCCCGACGGCUUCUUACAGUCCUGCGCCAACAAGCGCACGCCGACUGCCAUCAAGGCACGCUAGACGAAUGUUUACGGACCAAGAACCUCUUUACGGCAGUACACUGUUACAUAUUGAAUGUGCGGAUUUUGACCUCGAUAUCGGAGUUGCUCCUGUCGCAAAUUAGGCGGACCCAGAACAGCCAUAUGAACCCAUGGGAGGGGAGCCGAUCUGAGUCGCCGAGCAGAGACGACACCAGCAGCACCAGUGGCCAUAGCAGUGUUGACACCAUACCCGACUUUAGCGAGGACCUCCCUAUUGGUGAGCUGUUCUCCUAUGUUGACCCCCUGACACACGCCCUAUUCUCGGCUUGCACUACGUUACAUGUUGGGGUACAAUUGCUGCGUGAGAAUGAAAUUACUCUGGGGGUACACUCCGCCCAGGGCAUUGCAGCUUCCAUCAGCAUGAGCGGGGGACCAGGUGAGGAUAUAGCCAGGACAGGGGCAACCAAUUCUGCAAGAUGCGAGGAGCAGCCGACCACUCCAGCUGCUCGGGUUUUGUUCAUGUUCUUGAGUGAUGAAGGGGCUUCCCAGGAGGUAAAGUCUGCUGGUUCACGAGGUCGAACCAUCGCAGCACUGCGACGAUGCUAUGAGGAUAUUUUUUCCCUCGCCCGCAAGCACAAAUAUGGCAUGCUCAGAGACCUCAACAAUAUUCCUCCAUGA